ACGCACUUUGACCAUCUCUCACUUGGUAUUUUUCUCUCCUUCCAAACAGCCUCAACUGUUCCUAACACGGCUGAGCUCUCUCUAUUACCCAAAAAUACCAAAAUAAAUUUACUACAAGAGAGGGAGUACAGAGCUUCCAAACCCUAACUCGCUCCCCGCCCCCAACAAUGGACGCCGGGUCGACUCAGCAACUCCAACAAGCGCAACUCGCCGCCAUCUUGGGGCCGGACUCUGCCCCCUUUGAGACGUUGAUAUCGCACUUGAUGUCCUCAUCGAAUGAGCAGCGAUCCCAGGCUGAGCUUCUUUUCAACCUCUGCAAACAGACCGAUCCUGACUCCCUUUCGCUCAAACUCGCUCACAUCCUCCAGUUCUCAGCUCAUGUCGAAGGCCGUGCUAUGUCGGCUGUUCUCCUCCGUAAAUUGCUCACCCGCGACGACUCUUACCUCUGGCCGCGGCUAUCCCCUACCACUCAAUCCUCGUUGAAAUCAUUAUUACUAUCGGGUCUUCAGCAUGAGAAUUCCAAAUCGAUAACUAAGAAGCUAUGCGAUACUAUCUCGGAGCUUGCUUCGGGGAUUGUUCCGGAGAACGGUUGGCCGGAAUUGCUCCCGUUUAUGUUCCAGUGCGUGCAGUCGGACUCUCCUAAAUUGCAGGAAUCGGCGUUUUUGAUCUUUGCUCAGCUGUCACAAUACAUAGGAGAAACGUUGAUUCCUCAUAUCAAGCAUCUGCACGCUGUGUUCUUGAACGUCUUGGGGAGUUCGCCCAAUCCUGAAGUGAAGAUCGCAGCCUUGAACGCGGUGAUCAAUUUUAUCCAGUGCUUGUCGAGCUCGGGUGAUCGGGACAGGUUUCAGGACCUGUUGCCGGCCAUGAUGACGACUUUGACCGAGGCUUUGAAUAAUGGUAAUGAAGCUACAGCACAGGAGGCGUUGGAAUUAUUGAUUGAAUUGGCAGGGACAGAGCCACGAUUCUUACGAAGACAACUUGGGGACGUGGUAGGAUCCAUGCUUCAGGUAGCAGAGGCAGAGAGUUUAGAGGAAGGGACGAGACAUUUGGCUGUCGAGUUUGUUAUCACGCUUGCUGAGGCCCGGGAGCGAGCACCUGGGAUGAUGAGGAAGCUCCCGCAGUUCAUAAGCAGACUCUUCGCAAUUCUGAUGAAGAUGCUUUUAGAUAUAGAGAACGAUCCUGCCUGGCACACUGCGGAGACGGAAGAUGAGGAUGCUGGAGAGACCAGUAACUAUAGUGUAGGGCAGGAGUGUUUGGAUAGGUUGGCCAUCUCAUUGGGUGGCAACACUAUUGUUCCGGUGGCUUCGGAGCAGCUACCAGCAUAUCUCGCCGCUCCAGAGUGGCAGAAGCACCAUGCUGCCUUAAUAGCUCUUGCCCAAAUUGCCGAGGGUUGCUCCAAGGUAAUGGUAAAAAAUUUGGAGCAAGUAGUGUCAAUGGUUCUAAAUUCCUUUCAUGAUCCACACCCUCGUGUGAGGUGGGCUGCUAUUAAUGCGAUUGGGCAGCUGUCAACAGAUUUGGGCCCAGAUUUGCAAAAUCAGUAUCAUCAAGGGGUGCUGCCUGCACUAGCUUCUGCAAUGGAUGAUUUCCAGAAUCCUCGGGUUCAGGCACAUGCUGCUUCAGCGGUUCUCAACUUCAGUGAAAACUGCACUCCAGAAAUUUUGACACCAUACUUAGAUGGAAUAGUAAGCAAGUUGCUUGUGUUGUUACAGAACGGGAAACAAAUGGUGCAAGAGGGGGCAUUGACUGCUUUAGCGUCUGUUGCUGAUUCAUCUCAGGAACACUUCCAAAAAUAUUAUGAUGCAGUUAUGCCAUACCUGAAAGCUAUCUUGGUUAAUGCAACUGACAAGGCGAACCGCAUGCUCCGUGCAAAAUCCAUGGAGUGCAUUAGCCUGGUUGGAAUGGCUGUCGGAAAGGAUAAGUUCCGGGAUGAUGCUAAGCAGGUUAUGGAAGUACUUAUGUCGUUGCAAGGAUCUCAAAUGGAGACAGAUGAUCCAACAACUAGUUACAUGCUGCAAGCAUGGGCUAGGCUUUGCAAGUGCCUGGGACAAGAUUUCCUCCCAUAUAUGAGUGUCGUCAUGCCAUCCUUGCUUCAAUCUGCCCAACUUAAGCCUGAUGUGAUCAUUACAUCUGCAGAUUCAGAUAAUGAUAUUGAAGACACAGAUGAUGAGAGCAUGGAAACCAUUACUCUUGGCGACAAAAGAAUUGGAAUCAAGACUAGCGUCCUAGAAGAAAAAGCCACUGCUUGUAACAUGCUAUGUUGCUAUGCUGAUGAAUUGAAGGAAGGAUUCUUUCCCUGGAUUGAUCAGGUUGCUCCAACUUUAGUUCCUCUUCUUAAAUUUUAUUUCCAUGAGGAAGUUAGGAAAGCAGCUGUUUCUGCUAUGCCAGAGCUACUGAAAUCUGCAAAAUUAGCUGUAGAGAAAGGGUUGUCCCAGGGGCGUGAUGAGUCCUAUAUAAAGCAGUUGUCUGACUAUAUUAUUCCAGCUCUGGUUGAAGCAUUACACAAGGAACCGGAUACGGAAAUCUGUGCAAGUAUGUUGGAUGCAUUGAAUGAAUGCUUACAGAUUUCUGGACCUCUGUUGGAUGAAGGCCAGGUAAGCUCCAUAGUUGAAGAGAUAAAACUAGUAAUAACAGCUAGCUCCAGUAGAAAACGAGAGCGUGCGGAUAGGGCGAAAGCUGAAGACUUUGAUGCUGAAGAGAGUGAGCUGAUUAGAGAAGAAAAUGAGCAGGAGGAAGAAGUUUUUGACCAAGUGGGUGAAAUCUUGGGAACACUGAUCAAAACAUUUAAAGCCGCUUUCUUGCCUUUCUUCGAUGAUCUAUCUACAUAUCUAACACCUAUGUGGGGCAAGGAUAAGACAGCUGAAGAGAGGAGGAUUGCAAUAUGCAUCUUCGAUGAUGUGGCAGAGCAGUGUCGUGAGACAGCCCUUAGAUAUUACGAUACAUAUCUCCCUUUCCUGUUGGAGGCUUGUAAUGAUGAGAAUUCAGAUGUUAGACAGGCGGCUGUAUAUGGACUUGGUGUUUGUGCAGAGUUUGGCGGAUCUGUUUUUAAACCUCUUGUUGGAGAGGCCCUCUCAAGGCUGAAUGUUGUGAUACGGCAUCCUAGCGCUAUCCAACCUGAAAAUGUGAUGGCAUACGAUAAUGCUGUAUCUGCUUUGGGAAAAAUAUGUCGGUUUCAUCGAGACAGUAUAGAUGCUGCUCAGGUUGUUCCUGCAUGGUUAAACUGCUUGCCAAUAAAAGGAGAUUUGGUCGAGGCGAAAGUUGUCCAUGAGCAGCUUUGUUUGAUGGUGGAGAGGUCUGAUCGAGAACUCUUGGGCCCCAACAAUCAAUGUCUUCCUAAAAUUGUUUCAGUAUUUGCUGAGGUUUUGUGUGGUAAAGAUCUAGCAACAGAGCAAACUGCUAGUCGUAUGGUUAGUCUGCUGAGGCAACUUCAGCAGACUUUACCUCCAGCCACCUUGGCUUCAACGUGGUCAUCCUUGCAGCCCCAGCAACAACUUGCAUUGCAGUCCAUUCUCUCAUAGCAUUUCAGCUGGCAGUGAGUAUUUUUUCAAGCUGAAAGUGCAACAUCCUUCUGUCAUGAAGUAUAUUUAUCACUUAUUCUUUCCCUAUAAGAUGGUUCCGUCAUUUGUUUCUGCGUGAUGCUCUGAAGCAGCAUGUCGUCAGUUGGAUUGAGUGUGAAAGUCAUCAUUGAGCUUGAAUGAGAAGCCCUCCUUUUGUAGAAUGUGUAUAUUAGCAGUGUCAAUAUAUAUAGUCUGGUUCAAGUCCAGAAAAGAAAAGAGGUAGGCGUCUGUGGUUUGGGGGUUUUUUUCUUUCUUUCUGUCUGUGCGUGAGGUUUUAGACUCGUCAGGGUGGCAAUUCUUUUCGCAGUUUUUGUCCCAAUAUAUUAUUUGGUCUUUCCGUUUUAUGAACUUGCAAAUUGUGAACAUACAUGUAUGAAAAUUUUGAAUGGUGAUUCUUUCAAUACCAUUGCAAUUUUGAGUUGAUACACAAUAAGACGAGAUGAUUAUCUUGAA